UAAUUUGAACAGCUGUUCUAACUAUGGUAUGACACAGGUUACAUUGUAGAUUUUAUUACAUGUUUAAUGCCUGUUCAGACAGCCAAUAAAAUCACUUAGUUCAGUGUUUCCUCCUACUUCAUAAUGAUUACCCAAUGAGUAUCAUCAUAUAAAAGGUGCCCUGUUGUCAGACCCCUCUCACUAUACAGUUCAGAAAGGAAAUUAUGAUUGUAUAUUGGACAAUCUUUUUGUUUUACGCCAAUUUGGGUUGUGUACUUAACAACGAUGUAAUCCAACCAGACCCCGUGAUAGUUACACAACUGGGACAAAGUGUAUCACUCAAUUGCUUUUGUCAAUCUCAUUUGAUCAGAGUCUCUUGGUUCAAGCAAACUGUUGGACAGAAGCCUCUUCUCAUGGCAUCAUCAUUUUAUCACACUCAAAAUAGUUUCUAUUCCAACAACUUUAACAAAGACUUUACUGAGACUAAACGUUUGAGUGUGAAGAGAGGAUUUGACAGCUGUAACCUGACCAUCGCCAAGACAGAGUCAGGGGACUCAGCUACAUACUACUGUGUUAAUUUGUUAGCGAGGGAUGCCACAUUUGGAGAAGGAACUGUUUUAAUUUUCAAAGACUCAUGGUCCAACCACAUGUCUGUGCUCCAGCAGCCUGUGUCUGAGUCAGUUCAGCCAGGAGACUCUGUGACUCUGAACUGUACAAUACACACUGAGACCUGUGCAGGAGAACACAAUGUAUUUUGGUUCAGACAUGGCUCAGGAAAAUCCCAUCCAGGAAUAAUUUACAACAAUGGAGACAGGAGUGAUCAGUGUGAGAGGAGCCCUGAGGCUGGGUCUCCUACACAGAGCUGUGUCUACAACCUCCCCAAGAGGAACCUCAGCCUCUCUGAUGCUGGGACUUACUACUGUGCUGUGGCCUCAUGUGGGGAGAUACUGUUUGGGAACGGUACCAAGCUGGAUGUUGAAGUUUCAGACCUGUUGGGCGAUCAGAGUAAUCUUCUUUUCCUCAUCAUUAUAUCUUGCCUGACAACUACUGUGAUUCUGAGUGUGAUUGUCAACAUUAUCCUCUGUGUGAGAAUGAAGAGGUCACAAUGUGAACACUGUGCAGCGGGGACCCCUUUUCAGCAAAGCCACUAUGGGAAUCCUCAUUCCAACACCACAGACCAACAGCUCCACGGUGAUGAUGAUGGCCUGAACUAUGCUGGUCUAAAGUUCACUGACAAGAAGCCCAGGAGACAGAGGAGAGAACAGAGAGAGGAAGAAACCAUCUAUUCUGGUGUGAGUCAUCAAGUCAGGAUGUGACAGUCCUCCAAUCAGCAUAAUUUUAAGUUGAGCCCUACUGACCUCCACUUUGAGCUUGACUGUGUCUGUGUGACUUUGCUGUUUUGUACAUUCCUCAUUUGCUAUAAAAUGUAAUAGCUGUAGAGACAGUCACUGCAUUGGCAUAUUCUCAUAAUAAUGACAUAGAAUCGCUCAGAUGCAGAGCAUAAGUGUCCAGCAAGUGUGAAAGCUGAUACUAGGAUGGUUUCAGAAGUUUCAAAAACUCUACAACAGUGGCUGAGGUUGACUGACUGGACACAUUUGUUUUCGUAGAAGUGUACAACAAAAUGUAUAUAAUGAUUUUGCAAAUGUCUGAACUCCUCACUUUGAUGAUAAUAGUUGUAACACGGAACUCUGUAACCUGCCUAUAUGUGUGUGAUGGUUCAAUAAACAUGAUUUUAUUUCAUA